ACCCAGGCGGAGGCUGAGCCCAGAGUCCGCUGUAGAGAGGCACCUUUUGGAGGGUUUGCCUCUUCAGCCACUGGGAGGCCUCUGCACUCCGUUCCCCGGCGCCUGGCUGCGAUUACUCACUGGAGCAGCGGCACCAGCCUUCCACCAGGGAGCCGGAGCUCCCGCCCUCCUCCCCCAUCUGCAGCCUGCUGGCUCCCUCUCUCCCUCUCUGUCUCACUCUCUCUCUCUCUCUUUCUCUCCCUCUCCUAUCGCAGCACAAUGAAAGCCUGUGUUUCGCCGUGAGUCUGAGGAGCGGGAGCCGGUGUCAGGAAAGCGCUCGGAACAGACCUGAAAGAGAAAGGAAAACACAAGCUACUUUUUUCUUCUUUUUUCCCUCAUCUGUAAAGCGAAGCAGUGCAAGAGAUAGAGCCACAUUGCCUAUGGGAGUCCAGACCCUGUGAGCCACUGGCCGGGGAUGGAAUGUACAAAAGUGGACAGAAAAGUGGCUGGACAUGACUCGGUGCAAUUUGCUGGAAGUUUGUAAGUUUGACCAUCGUUUGUAAAUUACUCUCGGAAGACUUUGUCUCUUGAUACUGUAUUAGAAUAGAACUGGGGGCUGAGGGAUAAAAACCUCAUUGGGAACGGGAAACAAAAUGUGUUGAAGGAGCUCUCUCAGUAGCCAGCCACUUCAGAGUGCUCUCAUUUAAAACUAAGAAACCUAAGAGGGAAUCGGGAUUUCUGCCGGUGAUUGGAUUAGCUUGAAGAAAAGAGCAUGGUCCUGAAGUCCAAUUACAGACGUUGUUAAGACUGAAAAGCUGUCUCCUUUGGGGAGAAGACUGCAUCCUACCGUACCCCCAGGAGGAGAAAACACCAACACCGGAGGGAGAGAAAAGGGACGGAGAAACCAGGACAGUCUCCCUUGAUUUCGCACAGUUUGAACAUGACUUCAGAAGCCUCAGGAAACAGCCCUGUUGUUUGUUUUUUAACCUAAGUAAAAGUGAAGGCUGCCGGUUACAAAGACCAGGAUAGAAAUGUGUUUCUCUGCAGAAACACCCCCAUAAAUAAUUUUCUGAAGCAACUAGGUGAGGGGGAGUCCGGGUCUCUAUUAAUGACUCUUUUGAUGUCUUUUGCUAUGCGUUUCUGCCUCUUCCUUGAUGAUCCCUGAAUUCUUGAACUAUCCCCUAGACUUUGUGUUUACAAAGUACCUGGAGGCUCUCCUCAGCCUGGUUGGGGAGAAAAAGAUCUACAACUCUCUCCAACUUCUCCUGAGCUGUCAAAUGCAAUUAGAGUAAGUUGAUCAGGGUUUGUUUCCAACUUCCCCUCUCCAAUUGGUUUCUAAUCUUUCUCCCCACCCUCUUGCUACUCGUUCCCCUCCCCCACACCUCCACUGUCUCCCUACCCUCUGAAGACCUCUCUAUUCAUGUGGCCCUGAACACUGAAACCAGCUUUGCCUGCAACACUGCCUCUUGCUCCUCACCAUCCCAGAGGCAGUAAUCAUUGUGUCCAACAAGAUGGGGGACACAGCGCCCCCGCAGGCCCCUGCCGGAGGUUUGGGGGGGGCUUCUGGGGCGGGGCUCCUUGGAGGGGGCUCAGUCACCCCUAGAGUGCACAGUGCUAUUGUGGAACGCCUGCGGGCUCGCAUUGCUGUCUGCAGACAGCACCACCUGAACUGUGAAGGACGCUAUGAACGUGGUAGGGCCGAGAGCUCAGAUCGAGAAAGGGAAAGCACUAUGCAGUUGCUCAGCCUGGUCCAGCACGGCCAAGGGGCAAGGAAGGCUAGCAAACAUGCUAAAGCUACAGCCACGACUGCCACCACCACAGCCCCUCCACCGCCCCCUGCCGCCCCUUCUGUGGCCUCCCAGGCAGCAGCCACGGCCCCACCACCUCCACCAGACUACCACCAGCACCAUCAGCAGCACCGACUGACCAGUAAUGAUAAUGGUGGGAUCAAUCGAGAGCAACAGCCACCGGCUUCGACCCCCGGGGACCAGCGGAACUCGGCCCUGCUUGCGCUCCAGGGCUCCUUGAAAAGAAAACAAAUAAUCAACCUGUCUCCUGCCAACAGCAGGGGACCCAAUGGCUUUGCUGACGGCUCGUUCCUCGAUGUCAAAAGGAUCAGGGUUGGGGAGAACCUUUCGGCAGGUCAGGGACCCCUCCCGGUAAACAAUGGACAAAGUCAUAUGAUGCCAGGGACCCUGACCAUGAGCCAAGCACCCCUGAGGAAGACUAGCACUCUGCCCCCUCCUACACACUCUCCUGGCAACACUGUGUUUAACAUGGGCUUGAAGGAGGUGAAGAAAGAACCGGGGGCGGCCCUGUCUUGCAGUAAGCACGUGGAUGACCAAAUGACACAGGAGAGUGUUUUUACUAAUAGGUUUGGAGAUGACCCUGGAGAGCAACUGAUGGACCCUGAGCUGCAGGAACUGUUCAAUGAGCUGACCAACAUAUCAGUGCCUCCAAUGAGUGACCUGGAGCUGGAGAACAUGAUCAACGCCACCAUUAAGCAGGAUGACCCAUUCAGCAUUGACUUGGGUCAGCAAAGCCAGCGGAGUACACCUAGACCUUCCCUGCCCAUGGAGAAGAUCAUUAUCAAAAGUGAAUAUUCUCCUGGUUUGACACAAGGCACGGCAGGUUCUCCCCAACUGAGGCCCCCGUCAGCUGGCCCUGCAUUUUCCUUGGCCAACUCUGCUCUCUCCACUUCAUCCCCAGUCCCCACAGUCCCCCAGAGUCAGCCUCAGCCUCAGACAGCAUCAGGAGCAAAUAGGGCCCUGCCAAGCUGGCAAGAAGUGUCCCACGCCCAACAGCUCAAGCAGAUAGCUGCAAACCGCCAGCAGCAUGCUCGGAUGCAGCAGCAGCAACAACAACAGCAGCAGCAGCAGCAGACCCCUCCUAGCUGGCCAGCCUUGCCAUCCUCUGCUGGGCCAUCCCCAGGGGCAUUUGUGCAGGAAAAGAUCCCCAGUCCUUCCUUCGGCCAGCAGCCAUUUAGCCCACAGGGAUCACCCAUGCCUGGGGUAGCUGGCAGCAGCAACCAGUCCAAAGCAGUGGCCAACUAUACGUACAAGGCUAGCCCCUCAGCCCAGGCUGGACACCUGGAUGUGCUUCUGCAGCAAAAGCCUCAGGAUCUCAGUCGAAGUUUUAUUAACAACCCACACCCAACCUUGGAAGCCCGACAUGGCAACACCAAGCCUUUGUUUCAUUUUAACUCAGAGCAAGCAAACCAGCAGAUGCCUUCUCUUUUGCCUUCCCAGAGCAAGCCUUCUCUCCUGCACUACACUCAGCAGCAGCAGCAACAGCAGCAACAGCAGCAAGGCUCAUUGGCAGCUCAGCAGCAGCAGCAGCAGCAACAGCUGCAGCAGCAGCAACAGCUGCAACAGCCACAAAGUUCUUUGGUGGCUCAGCAGCAGCAGCAGCAGCAGCAGCAGCAGCAGCAGCAGCAACACCAACAGCAAGGCUCCAUAGCAGCUCAGCAGCAGCAGCAGCAACAGCAGCAGCAGCAGCAGCAGCAGCCACCAUCCCAACCCACCCAACCUUUAUCAAGCCAGCCUUUACUGAGGUCUCCCUUGCCACUUCAGCAGAAGCUCAUGCUUCAGAAAAUGCAGAAUCAGUCCAUCGCAGGCCUGGGAUAUCAAGUCACUCAACAGCACAGACAGGAUCAACACACUGUGGCAGGCCAGAGCACAGGCCCCAGUCCAAGUCCCAACGCCUGCUCAAAUCCAAACACUGCAAGUGGUUACAUGAACUCUCAGCAGUCUCUGUUGAAUCAGCAAAUGAUGGGGAAGAAACAGAGCCUGCAGAGGCCAGCCAUGGAGCCGAAGCAGCAGCUUCUCCUGCAGCAGCAGAUUCUGGCUGACUCGGAGAAAAUUUCCCCUCAGGACCAGAUGAGCCGGCAUCUGACAAGGCCGCCCCCAGACUACAAAGACCAAAGAAGAAAUCCAGGCAGCCUGCAGCCAGCUGCGCAGUAUUCUGGUGGCUCCUCCACAGUGAAUUUAAACUCUAACCAGGCUUUGACAAACCCAGCUUCAACACACGCCAUUUUAACUCCAAACUCCAGCCUCAUGUCUACAUCUCACGGGAUGAGAAUGCCACUGUUAUCCACAGCAGUUCAGAACAUGGGGAUGUAUGGAAACCUGCCUUGUAGCCAGCCUGGCACAUUCAAUGUCACUUCAGCAAUGAAUCAGCUGACCCAACAGAGAAACACAGCCCAGCUGAUGACAAGUCAGAACAACCCUCUGAUGCCACGGCCAUCUCCCUUAGGGGCAACUAACGGCAACAGCGUGGCCACCUUCGGAGCUGCAUCUGUUGGCAGUUCACAACAACUAAGGCCAAAUUUGGCCCACAGUUUGGCAGGCAUGCCAUCCCAGAGGUCAUCAACUGUCAUGAUCACAUCCAACACGACAGCAACUAACUGGGCUUCCCAAGAUGUAACAGCCAAACAACAGGAAGCCCUCAAAUCCACAGGUGCCCGCUUCCCAACAGCGACACCUGCAGCUUAUACCCCAAACCAGUCAUUGCAACCAGGAGUGGGGAGCCAGCCAUUUUCCCAGAGGGCCGUGGCACCCCCCAGCCAAUUAACGCCAGCAGUGCCAAUGAGACCUAUGAACCAAAUGAAUCAGACACUGAAUGGGCAAACGCUUGGUCCACUCAGGGCUUUGAACCUCAGACCUAACCAGCUGGGCUCACAGAGUCUGUCUAAUAUGAGUCCACCAGGAACAGGACUGAGUCAGCCGCGGACAGGCACCAACCAGCCACCAUCCCUGACGCCCAACACUUUUCCUUCAUCCAACCAAAGUUCCAGGGCUUUUCAAGGAACUGACCACAGCAGCGAUUUAGCUUUCGACUUCCUCAGCCAGCAGACUGACAGCAUGGGCCCUGCACUAAACAGUGAUGCUGAUUUCAUUGAUUCUUUACUGAAGACAGAGCCUGGCAAUGAUGACUGGAUGAAAGACAUCAACCUUGAUGAAAUCCUGGGAAGCAAUUCCUAAGGAGAAAUGGAAGGUGGUUUGCAGGCUUCAAUAGUGCUUUCUAAGGACGCUGUAAUGCCAAACUGUUGACAUCGGGUGCUCCACAGGCAUCAAUACGGAAAGCUGGCAGUAACCACAACGAUAAACAUUCUGGUUCGUGUGCUUGUUUUAAAAAAUCUCGAGCCUGAUAUUAAAACAUUGGGAUCCUUUUUCCCUGCCUGAACAUCAGGAUGUGUUAUCUAGUUUAUCCAAACACAACUGUGAUGUUGAUGUGUAAUUAACUAUGUAAAAUGGUCUUCCCAAGUUCCUUUUCCCGGUGAAGGAAAUACAAUGGAACUUGAGACUUGUUUCAAUCCCAUACCGUAGACAGGUGUUUGUUCUGAGCAACAGGCAACAGACUGCUGUCUGCUCUAGUAGAUAAAUAUGCUUUGAUUUCUCCACUAUCCCUCCAUUUACUUUUCCUAAAACUUGCAGGAAAGAUUGAAAUGUUUUAUGGUUGUUUGGAGUAAGAGAGAACCAGAAAACCCGGAAGCCAUCCAGCAGAUUCUAUGAUUUUUUUCCUAGAUGCAUUCCCCAUUUUUGUAAUUUUCCCACAUUUUAUAUUUUGGUGGGAUGCUGUGUCUUGAGAUAAAAGAGGAAUGCAGGGCUUACAACUUGAAUGGGGCUUCCCUACCGAUUUCUGCAGAUAACCGGGCUUGUCCUGACCACACUGAAAUAUCAGUGCACAGUUGCCUACAUCAAAUUUCACUCCAAAAAAUCGAACCUUGCCAUGUAGGAGACAAGCACGGGCAGAAAUACCGAGAGGUGUUUCUAGCUGUGAUUGAGGCCCACUGACCUGUUCCCAAGCAGAAUGGAAUUGAGCCUUGUCCUCCUAUUUUUUGGUAGCCUGAGACUUGUUUAUAAAAAAUGAAAGUUUUGAUCAGAGUGAGAAGAUUAGAGUGUCCUGUUUUGACUGGAGAUAAGAAACAGGAGAAGGGUAUGAGAGUUGGCACAGAGCUAUUUCAGAGUUUAGAGGAAAUCAUAACUGAGAGACAAUAGAGCCUUACUUGGACAUAGUACUUGUACUUGGGUCAAGAGCUGAGCCCAGUGUGGUCUGUAUGUAGCCAUCCAUGCACUCCAUUCAUGAUAUGGUGAAUCUUUGCCGUACAGUGCGGUGCCAGGUUUCCUCCCUCAGGGUUGAGUGCUAUAGCACAGCAUGGGUUUUGGGGGUCACUGAACUCAGUGCCCACAUCUGUGUCCACUGAAGAGUGGAGGAGAUGUACAGAUUUGAGGUGGCUCUAAGAUACCACCACCACUUUCCUAAAUCCAGAGGAUCAAAGGCUACUCUCAACCUUUGAGUUAUAUACAUUCACACACUUAAAUAUCAAGUGUGAUUUAACUCAAGUCAUUUGAAGCACCAAAUCUUCACAAAUCUGUUCAGAAAAGGAACACGUUUUUAAAGCUCCAUAAAGCCCUCUUCUAGUCUCUCUCCUUCUUUUCCGCUGCACCAAUAUCGCUGGCCCAGAAUCUUUCCUGUGCUGAUUUGUAAAUAUUAAUAAAUUACUUGUUUUUGUAAACUUUUGUAAAGAAUAUUUUGGUAGAAAUACUUAAAACAUAUUCUUUGGAUUAUAUUUAUACAUAUGUGAAAUAAAUAUACUAUCGAAAGGUUAUAUUUUAUACAAAAAGUAAAUUGUUACCUUUUGUAUGCUAAUAUACAAAGUUUUGUAUAAUACGAUGGUUUAUUUUUAGCUCUACACUUAAACCAUAGGUGAUGGAGUGGAAACUUUUAAGAACUACCAAGAGGCUUGUGAGAUGAAUUUAUGUUCUGAAACCUCAAUAUGAAAGCAUUCCAGGUUUCCAUCCCUCCCCGCUGGUGUGUUUUCCAGCUCUAAAUUCUUUAGAACGCCCAUAGUUCUCUUGUCUUACUUGAUUAUUCUGCUGUGCAUAUUGUAUCAGCCCCCGAAGCACGUGUUCUCCUGCGUGUUUGCCCAUUAUACAAAACAAUGUUUCUCCAUGCAGAAAGAGAGGAAAACAGUGUGUAUAUAAACAGGUUAUUUUGUAGCUCCUCCAGAUUACUGUACAUAUCUGCAGGAUUUCUCAGUUGCAGCCCCCAUAAUUCAGCUUGUUUUCACCCUAACACAAAUAGUACAUUUUGUAAUAGCUGUCCAGUUGUUCAAAGAGGCAAAGCAAACAGAAUGAUUCGUUUUUCUUCUAUCUUAAUGUGAAUUUCAUAAUUAAUGUCUAUUUAUUCAGCUAUUCAUUAAAAUACAGGAUUCUUUGGGGGGAUGGUGUAAUCUAUAGUUUCUGUUUGUUGGCAGCCUAUUACCAAAGAUGACGUAAUUUUCCUGAAAGCUGAGAUAAUGACAAUUUGAUAGACAAACUUAGUAAGCGCCUGAAGAUUUACAAUGUAAGAGCUAUUGGGAUCCAAAUUCCCAUUUCUAGAAAUGCCAGACUACUUAAUUGCUGACAUUGUUUAUCAUUCUGACAUAUAACAGAGAAGGUAGGAGUCAUUUUUCUUUCUUUUUUUAAAUUCAGAGACAAGAAAGUAAUGUAGGCAAAUAAUUCCUUCUUGGCUUUGUGUUCGGCCCAAUGAAAUGAGUCACCAAGUGAAGUGCUGGUAUUGCCUGCAUUGCUGUCCUGAAUCCACGAAUGUAAAGAUUUCAACUUGUAAUACAAGUAUUUUGUAUUGUGUGUAAUUCCAUGUGUAAAAAAAAUAGUUUAAAAAUUCA